AUGAGCCUUUCUUUAGGUUCUGGUGGCAAUGGUGGCCUCGGAGGUGGAGGUGGGGGGGUGGGCUCAGGCCUGCCUCCUACACCUUCCGGCUACGGAGACGUAGCCGCCUUUAUCAGGACCUUCGAGGGGAAGGUCAGUAGCCUUCUCUCACUGGCCGUGAGGUCAGUGAGCACCAUUGCUACUGCUGAGGUGAUUACUGCCCGGAGGGAUGUGGCCGUAUUUAUACGAUGGCUCGAGGAGGUCCGAUCCCGCUUCCCUACCCAGGUGCCGCGAGAGAUCUUGACGGCAAGAUACGCGAUCAAGAGGAGACUAGAGGCCGUCAUGAAGACGCCGCCUGAGGGUAUCCAAGGGCAGCAAUACCGCUUCUUUGUCGGGCCAGAGAAAACCAAGGCUCGUGGCCUUGUCGAAUGGCUUAAUGCCCUUGCCGACCGCCCCCUCCCGCCGCCUCGACCGGCGAUGCCCACCCUCGCGCCUGCCCCAGCUCAGACUAGGUCGACCGCCGCCAGAUCAACCAGGCCUACCUCUUCGACAAACAGGUCGGCGGAUCACGUCAAGCCUGUUCCCGACGACCAUCCCAUCUGGGGUGUCUUGGGCAUCAUGCAUGGACUCGGCCUGCGACCAGGAAGCAACGCACAAGCAUUCAAUCCUGCCUACGAUGCAUGCAAACGGUCAGCCAAAGUCCUCGGACACAACGGCUUGGCAAUUGGACAGUGGUUCCCGAACCAGCUGUCCGCGAUGUGGUAUGGUGGACACGGCGAUUCCAAUGCUGGCAUAUCGUACAUGAGAGGCCCGAAUGGCGAACCGGGACCUGCCACUUCCAUCAUCAUGGCAGAUAAGUACGGCGAGAUCGACGUCGACCGAGGUGACGACAUCAUCUACUGCGGAUCCAAUUCACUGGAUAAUACAUCCAAGAACACUCCCUCCGACGGCGGACCGCCUGUUCGGGGCAACGCAGCGCUCUUGGUCUCCAAAGAACGUCAGUCCCCCGUCCGCGUCUUUCGCAAGGCGAAGAAGGGCAACAACGGCUCCGCCUACGCGCCCAAAGUCGGACUGCGCUACGACGGCCUCUACGUUGUCGUCGGUUACAGCAAGGCCACAAACGACAAAGGCGGCGUUUACCACAAAUUUACCCUGAGACGCGGAGAUGGCCAGCCGUCUCUUGAUACUCUCAGAAAUAUUCCCAGCAGAAAGGAGCGCAGAGAUUACGCAAAGAUUGAUGAAGGGUACUAG